GGGCGUGGCAGCUGCCCUGGAGAGCAGCUGCAAGCUCGCUUUUUUUUGCAUGGCCGGUUGGCGGGAGCCGGUGCUCCUCCCGGGCCCCGCAUGGCGUCGGCGAAGGUUCCUUCCCAAGCAAUCCCAGAGCAACGGCUGCAACAGGCUCGCAUUUUCAAGGAGGAAGGGAACCGCUGCUACAAAGAAGCGUUUAGGGAUGCCGUAAGCCGUUACCACUGGGCCUUACUGCAGAUUAAGGGCCUGGAUCCCAACAUGCCUUCCCCACUUCAGGAAUUCAUGGGUGAAAAGCCGGCCGUAACAGCAGACCAAGAGAAACAACUGUACACAAUCCAGUGUGACUGCUACAAUAAUCUUGCCGCUUGCCUCCUUCAGAUGCCGCCUGUGAAUUACGAGCGGGUGAAAGACUACAGUCUCAAAGUCCUAGAGAGGCAAGCGGACAACGUCAAGGCGCUGUACCGAGCCGGUGUGGCGUUCUACCACCUGGGGAAUUACGACAAAGCACAACACUACUUGUUGUCGGCAACCAGCCGGCAGCCCAAAGAUGCAAACGUCAAGCGUUAUCUGCAGCUGACCGAAUCACAGCUCAGUAUUUAUCUCCAGAAAGAAAAACAGUUAUAUAUGGGAAUGUUUGGGUAGCAAAAAAAACCUGAGCUGGAAGUUACACGCCGUGUAUUUCUGGUUUUAUUCCUGUGGACGACACGCAAUGGAUCGAUCGAUUCUGGAGUUAGGUAGUGCCUUGAAAAAAAACAAAAAACGCUAAUAGCCAGCCCAGCUAGGAAAAGCAUCGUCAGCCAAAUGUCCUCUUUAUUCGUUUUUUCCGACACGUUUCCUUCCUCCUUUCCCUCCCUCGUUUUUGUUCAUAAAAUCUUGCGAGAAGUUCA